AUGCAAGAUGUUGAUGAUUUGGUCAACGGUUGUGCAUGGCAACAAAUGUUAGAAAUGCAUGUUCCAUUUUUAUGCAAAUUUGAUUUUCAAAUGUUAAUUAUGAAAAGAUAUCCAAAAUUAGAUUUAGACAUGGUCGAAAAUUCAUCUGAAUAUUUUAUUCGAAAAUAUUCUAAUUGGCACAUGAUUAUUGAUCGAUGGACAUCUGAUGUCAAAAUUCCACUCAACUCUCGUCAAACAAAUGAGAAUGAUGAUUCACAACAAUGUGUUACUUACCUUUCACAUUUUGUGUAUUCACAUAAUGUAACUCAAAUCGAAUUUCGGUCAAAUGUUGAUAUAUCUCGAUGGAAAGAUAUUCAAUGUAUUCUAUAGGCUUGUCCAAAAAUGAUUAAUCUUAUAAUUGGUACUCUAUAUUUGGCUUUAUCAGAAUUCAUCGAUAAUCAAUCUCUUAUUUCAAUCUUCAAACAAAUUAAAAUACUCAAAUCAAUAACAGAAAAUGAUUAUUUUUCCUCAAAUUUUGCAUCAAAACUUGCUCGACGUUUUCCAUCAUUUACUGAUAUUGAACUUCAAGUGUUUUCAUUCGAUAAUUGUGUAUCUACUAUUGAUAUAUUACUUAGUCAUCUAAAAACCUGGCCUUAUCUUAAAAUUUAUUAUAGUCAAGUUUCAUUACUCGAUCAUUCCUUUUCACAUAAUUAUAUUAUUGAUAAAUGUUGUGAAGCAUUUGGUUUUAAUAUUAUCGAUGAACAUAGGGUUACAAAUGAUGAAAUUAACGUUAUUGAACCAAAUGAUGAUUUUCUAGGUGAUGAUGCCUCACCCCUGUUGAUGGAUAACGGGGAAGGGGCUGUGUCGGGUGAAGAUCACCACCUAGUCGGGUUCGACUUUGUCGAUGAAGAUGAUGCCGAAGAAGUGAUAUCUCCGGUAAUAACAAAUAGAUUAACUGAUGAACUUCUUCAUGAUACAAACGAAAUUGAUUUAGCUACACACUAA